AUGGGAACCCGAACCUUCUUCCACCACAGAGAGGAGGAGCAAAAGGAAGAGAGGCAGCAGAGCUUGCAGAUGACCUCCACAACGAGAAAGAAAAAGUUCAAAUCCAGUGAGGAAGAAGAGACUUUCAGCCCUGCAGAGUUAUCCAUAGCAGCUGCCCUUGCCUUGACCUCCGAAAUACCACAGAGUAGGGAUUACAAAGUAAGAAGAGAAGCUGCCAUCCUAGAGCUGGAAGAGAGGGGAGAAAAGAGAGUUCGUUUUGGGAAUGAGAUGGAAAAGCUGGAAAAGGAGGUGAUAAGGAACUGCCGACUGCUGCGUGCCAGAGCCGACCGCAUGGCCCUGCGGAGGAAGGCAGUGGAAAAGGCCCAGGUGGAGAAGGAAUACAUCGAGCUGCGGUCAGGGAGACCACCAAUGUUCUGGAUCCCCCUCAGAGCACACACAGUCUGGGAGAGGAUGGAGGUGAAGCUGGCAUGCACAGUCCUGGCCUCCCCACCACCACAGGUCACUUGGUACAAGAACGGAGUCCGGAUCGAUCCUCGCCUAGCCCCAGCAGGGAAAUACAGGAUAAAAAACACCUUUGGGAUGCUGACCCUGCAGAUCAGCAGAUGCUCCCUGGAAGAUUCUGCUGAGUACAGUGUGGAAGUCAAGAAUCAGUAUGGUGAAGCCUACUCAUUUGCUACAGUGCUUGUCAGGAAAUAUUAUGGGAAAGAGUCUGGAUUUGACUCAGAAAUAUACAGAAGAUCCCUUAUGGCCAGAGAGGCAGAUUUUGCUUUUCCACUGAAACCUUUGUUUUCAAGAGAAAAGGAGCCUUUCACUCUUUCCUCUUACUUCUCUUCUGACUUACUUGAACACCAACGAGACAUUGCCUGGUUCAGAGAUGGUGAGUUGCUGCAGAACUCUGAACGUUUGCAACUGAAGUACCAAGACCAGGAGGCUUCUCUGACCGUGCCCAGUGCCUACAAAGAGGAUGAGGGAUUCUACACUAUCCGUGUCCCCUCCCUGCAUGGAUAUAAGGAGCAGACCACUUAUGUGUUUGUUAGAGAUGCUGCAGCAGCAGCAGCUGGUGCCCCUGGAGCCCCACUCAACCUGAAAUGCCAUGACGUCAAUAAAGACUGCUUGACUCUUUCCUGGGUGGCACCCAGUGACCAUGGAGGAAGCCCAGUCCUGGGAUACUACAUUGAAAGGUGUGUUGCUGGGUCAGAGGAUUGGGUCCCAUGCAAUGAGAAGCCUGUGAAGACCUGCAGAUACCCAGUGCUGGGCCUUGCUGAGGGACAGACAUACCAGUUCCGAGUCAAGGCUGUCAACAAGAAGGGCAUCAGCCACCCUUCCAAACCCAGUGAUCCAGUCACAACCUCUGACUCCAGCAGGGACAAGAGAGUGACAGUUAUUCCAUACAAUGGAGGCAGGACAAUAGAACUUCUCCAGGAUGACCUGGAAGGACAUAUUAAAAUUCCCUUGCCACCCACCAAUGUUCAUGCAAGUGAGGUCAGAGAAGAUUAUGUGGCUUUGGCCUGGGAUGAACCAGAUCCAAGAGGCAGAGAGCCACUGGUUUACUAUGUGGAAAAGUCACUUGUAGGCAGCAGCUCCUGGCAAAUGGUGAAUCUGGAGGUGCCAGCUAAUUCCCCAAGAUUUGCACUCUUUGAUCUCCUGGAGGGAAAAUCCUACUGCUUCCGUGUGAGAGCUGCUAACAAGUAUGGAAUCAGUGAACCAUCCCUGCCCAGCGAGCCUGUAACUGCUGGAGCAAAACUAGCUACUCUGCCUCCACCAUCUCAGGUUUUAGCUUUCAGAGACACCAAGACAUCUGUGGUUUUGCAGUGGGAUAAGUUAAAAGAUGGUCUGGAGCCUCUUGGCUACUACAUUUACUGUCGGGAGACUGACACAGAAGAAUGGCAAACAGUCAACAACAAACCUGUGACCUGUAAUGAAUUCACUGUUCCUGGGCUGAAGCCUGGAAAGGAAUAUGUCUUUUGUGUGAAAUCUGUCAGUGAGGCAGGACUGAGUGAAAGCUCACCAGAAUCAGAUCCCAUCGUUGUGAGGCCAGCCAUAGCUUGUCCAUCAGCACCACGUGGCUUUGUCCUCCUGCACUGUGGGAAGGCUGAAAUGACCAUCAGCUGGAAAGCCCCAAAGCAUAAGGGAGGAACAAAGAUCCUGGGUUAUUUCUUGGACCAGCACGAUGCAGCUGAGCCAGACUGGCAUGAAGUCAACUCCCAGCCAAUCCCUCGUCGAGUUCACACGGUCAGCAACCUGAAGGAAGGUCACCUGUAUGAAUUCCGUGCCUGUGCAAUGAACAUGGCUGGUGUGGGGCAGCUGUCAGAUCCCAGUGACUUGUUCAAGUGUGAGGAGUGGACAAUGCCAGAGCCAGGUCCUCCUUAUGAUGUGAAGUGCACUGAAGUAAGAGACUCAUCCCUGAGGCUCCACUGGCAAGCACCACUGUACACAGGAGCAGGCCCAGUUACAGGCUACUAUGUGGAGAUGUGUGAAGAAGGAUCAGAAGAAUGGAAACAAAUAAAUAAGCAGCCCAUAGGCACCACUCAUCUGCAGGUUUCAGAUCUGGAGACAGGCACAUGCUAUAUUUUCAGAGUAAAAGCACUGAACAAGGCUGGAGUUGGACCUCCUUCACUCCCCUCAGAUCCUGUGGUGGCUAAAACCAAACCUGGCACAAAUGAAAUUGAACUUGGAGUUGAUGAGGAGGGCUUCAUUUACCUGGCUUUUGAAGCACCUGAAAAGAAUGACUCCUCUGAAUUUAUCUGGUCAAAGGACUACAAAGGACCACCAGAUGCUGACAGAGUCCAGACUGAGGAGAAAGGCAAUAAAUCUAAGCUUAAACUGAAAGACCCUUCAGAAAAGGAUCUGGGGAUCUAUUCAGUGGAGGUCACAGAUGUGGAUGACGACAUCUCUGCCAGCUGCAAUUUAACAAAAGAAGAUCUGGAGAAGCUAUUGAAACGCAGCCAUGAAAUCAGGAACCCCUUGAUCAAGCUGAUAUCUGGAUGGAACAUUGAUGUUCUGGAGAAAGGAGAAGUGAGGCUGUGGUUGGAGGUUGAAAAGCUGUCACCAAAUGCAGAGCUGCAUUUAAUCUUCAAUGACAAGGAGCUUACAAGUACUCCAACACAUAAAAUCAACUUUGUCAGAGAAAAAGGUCUCAUAGAACUGAUCAUCCAGAACUUCUGUGAUGAUGAUAAAGGGAUGUACACAGCCCAGGUGCGAGAUGGAAAGGCUAAAAACCACUUCACCCUUGUUCUUGUGGAUGAAUGUUUUGAUAGAGUUGCAAAGGAGGCUGACGCAAAGAGGAGAGAAUGGAAGAAGAAGCAGGGGCCACAUUUCAUAGAGAACUUGAAAUGGAAGGUUACAGAGAACUGUGAAGUCCUCCUGACCUGCAAGGCAACAAACCUGAGGAAGGAGACCAGCUUCCAGUGGUUCUUCAACAAGAAAGCUCGAGCAGAUGGUGUGUUUGACCCACAGACUGGGACAGGAACUCUUCUCAUUAAAAAGAUAACCAAAGCAGAUGAGGGCCAAUACAAAGCAGUUGUCUCAGAUGAGCGAGGAGAGGACUACACCCAACUUGAUCUCACAAAAGGAGCCUUUGAAGACCUUCUGAAGGAGCUGUGCAGGAUCAGUGCUCUUUCUGCCACACCUCUGAAAAUUCAGCCCACGGAAGAAGGCAUCAAAAUCUACACAGAUGUGAAGUACUUCACAGACUACAUGAAAACCACCUGGUAUCACAAGGAGAAAAAACUGGAAAGCCGUGACAGGCUGAAAGCUGGGAGCACAAUGAACCAGGUCUGGCUUCACAUACUGAACCCAACAGAUGCAGAUAAGGGAAAAUACACCCUGGAGUUAUUUGAUGGGAACAGCUCUCACAAGCUCUCAACUGACUUGUCUGGACAAGCCUUUGAAGAUGCCCUGGCUGAGCACAGAAGGCUGAAGGAAGCAGCAAUAGCAGAGAAGUAUCGUGCCAGAGUUGUGCAAGGUCUGCCAGAUGUUGCCACCAUCAUGGAGGACAAGACCCUGUGUUUAACCUGCUGUGUAUCUGGAGAUCCCUACCCAGAAAUCACUUGGUUCAAAAAUGAUAAGGUUAUUGUCUUCAAGGACCGCUACAAGCUGGAGGUGAAGGGGUCAGUUGUCACCAUCACCAUAGAGAAAGUCUGCAAUGAAGACACAGGAAAGUACAGCAUCUAUGUCAAGAAUAAAUAUGGCUCUGAAACAGGGCAGGUUACUAUCAGUGUCUAUAAGCAUGGAGAGAUCCCAGUGGGGAUGGAAGAGGAGGAAGUUGCAGGUGGGAUGAUAAUGAAAAAGCCUAAAUAA